UUAAUUAACUGAAUGCACGUGUAUAAGUAAUAAGUUUAUUUCUGAACAGAAAAAAGUGAAAGUUUAAAAUUUUGGUGGUAUCCUGUUGACAAACUGCACGAUAUACAUUUAUGCAGAAUUAUUGUUUGAACUAAUUUUUUACAAAUUAAAUAACUCCAUGGUAUUAACAGACUUAACUAUGAUACCACAGCAGUGUAGCAAUAUGACGGAUAAUAUGUACGUUCAGGGUCAAAUUGGAAUACCCAUGAUAAAACAGGAAUAUGCCGAGGACAUGACGGACCAUUUAGAAAUGGACUUAUCCAAAAUGAAAAAGAAAUCUCGAAAAAGAUCUUACAGCAAGACAUUUGAUUCUGUAUCGGAGGCGUCGUCCCACGAAAACUCGAAUGACAGUUCGUCUUCAUGUAGUGGAGAAAACAGCAAGAAAAAGAAAAAAGGACAAUCAAUGGAAGAAAUCAAUACUCAAAGAUGUUUAGCAAAUGUUCGUGAACGACAGAGGACACAAAGUUUAAAUGAAGCCUUUUCACAGCUACGAACCAUUAUUCCGACGUUACCCUCAGAUAAACUUAGUAAAAUCCAGACACUCAAGUUAGCUUCCCGUUAUAUUGACUUUCUCUACCAAGUACUAAGAACUGAUGACAAUUGUGAUAAAAAUAAAGCCACAAGUUGUAGUUAUGUGGAAGAUGAGAGACUAAGUUAUGCUUUCUCUGUUUGGAGGAUGGAAGGAGCAUGGGCACUGCCUGGACACUGAUUUGUCUUACAUUCUUUGAUUUUGACGAGGACAUGGUUUUUGUCUCCAGCCUUUUAUGUAACGGCGACCAGUUGUCAUGACUACGGACCAAUAGUUAAAAAGAUGAACAGCCUUCUGAACGAUGACGUGUGAUAACGAUUGUGAGAUAUGACAUAUUUAGUUAAGGAUGAUUGAUAGACACAACUUACAGUUAUACAUCAGUGAAAUAGUCCAUUUCCGUUAUAGUUUAGUAGUCUGCUACCGUACAUGUCAUUGCAUGUCAUGUAAUAAAUACUUUGUAUAGAAAUUACAUGCUGCUGUUGCGAUUAAUGCAGUUGUGUUGGCUGGACAAGCUUGUCCCAAAUAUUGAACUUCUGACCAAACCUUACCCACUGACCAAACCAUGACAAAAGAAUCUCCCAUUUUAUGUGUGAGCAUGUGUUCAUUUUUGUCACUAAUCAUCAUAAUUUAACGUUGUUAAACUUUUAAUAUUUUUAUUUAUGAGGAGCAGUAUUGACAAUCCUUUUAUUGUUUUUUUUUAUGAGAUUGAAUGUUUUGUAUAAUUUAUUUUUAAUACAGAUGAUAUGAACAA